AGCUGCGCACGGCGGCACUCCAACCGCCGCUUCCGGGUGCGCGCAAGCUUUGGCUACUGACUUUGAGCUGUAGACCUUUAAGCUCAACAUUCUGACUUGGUGCCAUCCUAGAGAGGAUGAGUCAGGAGAGUGAUCAGCCUGGUGGCCAGGACCCACUGCUAUUGCUGAAAACCCUUCAGCUUCUCUGGACAAAGAAGGAGAUGAAGGAGCAGCUCAAGGAAGAAAUCAGGCAGGGCUUUGCAGCACUGGAGGACCCACUGACAGGACUCCUGGACAUGCUGGAGAACAGCAGUGAUUGGAAGGGGAAAGGACAUUCCCUGGGGUAUUACAUUACCAGCGAGUUGCAGCUUUGGAUAAAAGAGCAUCCUGCUGUUCCACAGUCUGGUAUGUACCUAAAGAAGUUGCAGACUCGUGUAUUCAGAAUACUAGCCCAGUGCCCAGCUAAUCUUCUUGACCCUCUGAUUAGCAUUUACCAACUCCAUACAGCAGACCGGAACUAUUUGCUUGGACACGUCAGUCAUCUUUAUCACAAAGGUGAUUACAAAGAGGCAGCAAUACUGAGUAUAAAGCUAAAACUGCAACCAGAUCAAGACGUGGAAAAGAUGUGUACACCACUACUGCUUCAAGAUAAAACUAACUUGGUGGAAGCUUAUGUGGGAGAACAUCCUGAGCUCCAGUGCAAGCUCUUGCAGAUYCUGGACACAUGGUGUGAAUCUGGUUUUAACAUCAAAAACAUCUCAAGACAAUAUCAAGGYCUGUCCAAAUACAAACCGGAUAAAUUUAACCACAAAAUGCUAAGCAAGCUGGUCUUCAGGCUUCUAGAACAAUUUAACUUAGAUCCAGCUCUCUGCCCUAAUGUUAUAAAUCAGCGGCACUUGAGAACUCUGAAUUAUCUCUUCUACAAGAGGUUUGUUGAGAAAAGCAUGACUCAGGAGAAUUGGACAGAUCAUGUUCAGAACACGGUUGGAGAGAACCGAUGGCUGCAAGGGCAUCUGAUACAGUUGCUGAUGAAUUAUAGUGAUAAGAGCACAGCUGCAAGAUGGGCGCAGAGCUGCAAUAUGCCCAAGGAGAUCCUGCCUUAUGGAGUGGCUGAUGAACUGCAAAAGCUUGAGAUCCAAGAAAGGGUGGAAGAAACUGAGAAAGCAGAGAAUUACGAAGAGGUUAAGAAGAAGAAGAAGAAGGAUUAUUACCAGUUACCUAUUCCAUGGGCAAAUAUUCACUUUCUGCAGACCAUGGAAGAGUUGCUACCAUGCUGGGAAAAGGUGCUGAAGCCAGGACAGGUGGUGGGCAUUGACAUGGAAUGGAGGCCUUCAUUCGGCAUUGUUGGGAAGCCACGUGUCUCCCUCCUGCAAAUCGCUGUGGAUGAGGAGGUGUUCCUGCUGGACUUGCCACAGCUCCUUGAGAAAACUGAGAGGGAGAAUGAGAAGGAGAAGAUUUCCCAGUUCCUCCAAAGGCUCUAUUCGGAUCCAAGCAUCACUAAACUUGGUUAUGGGAUGUCUGGAGACCUUAACAGCCUUGCAGCCACAUGCUCUGCUUUGAAAGAUGUGGAUAAGCAAGCUCAAGGUGUAGUGGAUCUACUCACAGUAGACAAACAAUUGCAGAAGAGCUCCAUUGACUGGAAGAAGGGUGGCCGGAAGGUCGAUGUACUGGCCCCAGAGCCCAGCUGCGAGAACAGAGCGUUCAGGCAACCGGAAAGAGGACUCAGCCUGUUGGUGCAACAUGUACUGGGGAAGCCUCUAGAUAAAACAGAGCAGCUGUCUAACUGGGAGAAACGGCCGCUCCGUGAGGAACAGAUCCUCUACGCAGCUUCGGAUGCAUACUGCUUGYUGGAGGUCUACGGGAAGCUGUGCAAGGAUCCAGUGAGCUUUGGUCUAAGUUCAGACCUGACUGCGAGUCUGGUGGGAAAACCAAGCAUAAAAUCCARGGCAAAGAAGCAGCUGAAUAAACAAGAAGUACCAGCAUCUGCUGGACAGCAGUGCAAAAGAUUUGUCAAGGAAGCUUCGUGGCCUGCCGAUCCCAUCUCUCCGAAGGAGUUCAGCGUGGUCUGUGAUAACAUGUUGCAAGGCCUUGGGCGCUAUCUUCGCUGCCUUGGUGUAGAUGUCCGGAUUCUGGAGAACGAAGAUGACCAUAGGAAAGCUGCUGAGAUUGCCCGACAGGAGGGAAGGGUCAUUUUAACCUCCGGGCUCCCAUAUCAGACUCUGCAGUCCCAGGUAGGAGAAGGAAGGUGUUUCUCCGUGAACUGCUCAGAGAAGGCAAAAGAACAGGCCGUGCAGGUUCUGAAGCAUUUCAAUGUUCAAGUAACCUUGGCGGAUAUCUUCAGUCGCUGCCAGGUGUGCAACGGCAACAAGUACCUGAAGGUCUCCAAAGAGAGGAUGAGGCAGCUGAUGGAGGGCAGCAGACAUGCAAUGGCGGAGGAUGAUGCAAGUCACCUGCCAAGGUCUGAAGAGAAGCCRAACCAAACCGGUGGUGCUGCAGCGGCUCAGGAGUCACUCCAGACCAUUUACAACCCGGACUGCCAGUGUCUGGAGGACCUAGAAUUCACUGGCGAGUGUGUGACGCUGCCGAAUGGCACAGCCCUGCAGGUCUCUGCCAUCCCCCCUGGCGUGCUGGACAAAGCUGAGCUCACCUGCUUCUACUGCUGUACCCGCUGUGGGAAGGUGUUCUGGGAAGGCUCUCAUUUUGGACGUGUCGUCUCUCAGUUUAAGGAUGUUCUUGCUGCCAUGGAGGACAACCAAACAUUCUAUGACCUUAGUUGAGGGGGUUGUUUGCUGCUUGGGAAGGCUGUGGAAUGAGUAGGAGAGCCUGGCAGACGCUGCCUCCUUCAUAAACUUCAGCAAAUCUUCUAGGCCAUGGGCUUUGGUUUGAGGUGAUACAUUGCAAGCGGAAACCUUGGUUUGCGGUACACAAUGGAAGGGACUGUCAUGCUUACACUAAUGGGGCAGUGGUAUGCACCAGCCUUGGACCACUUGGCCUGAUCAUUAAAUCA